AUGACAUCUUCGAGUAUUGUGAUUCUUCUUUUCACAAUUACUGUUUUGUCAAUCAGUUCAGCUACUUCAGAAGUCACAGAGUCGUCUGACAUAAAACAGUCAUCAGCACAAGCCGCAGCUCCGACUCCAUUCCAAGUUGCCACGUCACCCCACCCAUUUUCUCGUCAAAUCGCCGCUCCAUCCAGAAUUCAACGCAGAUCAAUCACACCAGUCCCGAUUCGUGCACAUCGUGUCUACCAUCGCUGA